UCAGUUUAUUGGCCAGCGCUGCUAGGCCGCUAUCGAGCAGGGUCCGAGGGCUGUCUCAGAAGGCUGGGCAGACAUGGCGUCCUAUUUCGAUGAACACGACUGCGAGCCGUCGGACCCUGAGCAGGAGACGCGAACCAACAUGCUGCUGGAGCUCGCAAGGUCGCUUUUCAAUAGGAUGGACUUUGAAGACUUGGGGUUGGUAGUAGAUUGGGACCACCACCUGCCUCCACCAGCUGCCAAGACUGUGGUUGAGAACCUCCCCAGGACAGUCAUCAGAGGCUCUCAGGCUGCUCUCACCCUGCCCUGGGCCCAGUACUCAAGCUUCUUUCUGUUCAUGGACUGCUGGGGGAUGGAAGAAGAGUGGCAGUUGGGAGCAGGGGAGGGUGGUUAUCAGCUUAUGAAGAUCAGACCAAGGCUAGAACACUACUCUACUUUUCUCAGACAAAUUCCUGUCCCUUGUGCCGCCAUGAGCUGCCCACUGAUGACGACACUUACGAGGAGCAUAGACGAGAUAAGGCUCGAAAACAGCAGCAGCAACACCGACUGGAGAACCUCCAUGGAGCCAUGUACACGUGAGGAGGUUGGGGCUGAGUGCUGGCCCUUUGCGUCUUCCUUAUUAACCUUGAAUCCUCAUUAAAGGUUUCUUUAUCCA